UACGAAAACAAUAUGGCGGCAAAAUACUGUCGUAAAACGAUGUAUUUUAGUUCAAAACUUACCAUUAACUGAACAAAUAAACACUGGGAAUAUAAUGGGGAUUAUAUAUGAAGCUGAUUUGAAUUUAGGAAGUUGUUUAAAGCCCGUACAAAUCUGAAAACUUGUAAAAAUUUGUCAUUUUGUAUGGUCAAGGAGUGGAAUAGGACAGGUCUAUAUAAAAUGUCUUGCAUAUUCGUGACUAGAGGUUUCCAUGGAUAUAGCGUGCAGUUUUCACCUUACGAAGCUAAUAGACUUGCAUGUGCUUGUUCUCAACAUUAUGGUAUCGCAGGUAUAAAGUAUGUACGUAAAAUGCAUGGCACAUAAGCGUAUAGAGAUGAUGCUUUUUAUUGCUUUCCAGGACGACAGCUGAAAGUUUGCCUGAAUUUUUAUGGAGGAUUGUAAUGAAAUAACCUGAUUUUAACAUAUUCUCUGCUAAAUCGGUCGGAUUUUUCUUGAUUUCCCCUACCAUUUGCCCAAUUUUCAAAGGUUUUCUAAAGUUGGAGUCUCCCCCUGCCUCCUACACCUAUGGCUUAGCCUGCCGGACAUGAUAGGCUAUUGUGUCCAGCAUGCUAAGCCAGUUAAGAUUUUCAAUUCUUCACUCCACUUGUCCCCUUUUCUUCUUUGAUAAUAUAUAUGAAUCCCUGGCAAAUAAAAGAGUUACAUACCACAGUUGGCUAUUCAUUGUUCUUCUGUCUAGGAUGCGGUGCAUUGUUUAUUCUUGAUAUCUGUAAACAACAACAGCAAGGAGGCAUGCAGUUAUUUAGGAAGUGAGUGCAACUCGGAGAGUAAUUUGUUUUUAAUGGACUCGCAGGCAUGUACAUUUACCUGGGGGACAGCUCCCCUCCCCCCUGGCUCUGCCCACAUGUGGUGGAGCAUAAGGGUAGGACCUCCUUUUAAACCCCAUCUGUUGAACAAAGAAUUGACGUUUUAUCUCCCCCAUCUUUAAGAUUAGAUUGGCAAGAAGGAUUAUUUGACUGUUGUUGGAGUGAGACAUCACCCAGUAUAAUAGCAAGCUCCAGUGCUGAUGGAACCAUUCAAUUGUGGGAUAUUUAUACACAACAACAGGUCAUCAUUGGACCAUAUUUCAUAGUUACCAGGCUAGGAAAAGUGACUAGUUAUGACAGGGAGGUUCAAUGUAUCUAUAGUAUUUGAUAUACAAUGCCAAGGAGCUUAUAUAGUAAUAGUGGCAUCCUAAAUCACAGCAGUUUAGUCAUGGUAGAGAUAUCAGUUAUGUAUACUGGCAUGCAGUUCAAAAAUUUAUUUUGCUUAACCCGAAGGAGUAACAGAACGCAAAAAAUUCACCCAAGAUGACAAACCCUUGUUUCUGUUUUAAAAUUAGUUUAAAACGUAUUGUGUUAAAUAGCAUCAAUCAUAUUUUAAAGGUCCCAGUAGCAGUUUUCCAGGAACAUUUGAAAGAGGUUGGCAACAUUCCAACAAUAUCUUAGAUGUAUUUAUAAGCAUCGUUCACAAGAACGCUUCAUCAAUUUUGUUUAAACUAUAUCUUAAGGUUUACAGUAUUGAUUGGUGCACAAUCCGUGGCAAUAACAAAUUACUGAGUGGCUCAUGGGAUAAAACCAUUAAAAUGGUAUGUCUUAAUCCGACAUGAUAAAAACGGACUUUCUACAAUGCCUGUUGUGCAUAUGUUUUUCGUAACAAGAUGUAUUGAAACAGUGUUAAAUGCGUUGAAAUGUUUUCCACUAAAUUUGUUUCCACUGUUAAAACUGUAUUUAGUGGGAUAUGAAUAACAUACAGAACUCCUCGAUAGCUACAUUUGUUGGACAUCAAAACACCGUUUAUUGUGUUAAAUGGUCACCACACAUUUCAGAUACAUUCGCUUCAACGUCAGGUAUGUUCCAAGUAGGCUGGAAUGUCAGUAAAGUAUAAGAGGAAUAAGAUCCGAGCUUAAGUACAGACGGCAAAAAACUUGUGCGAUUGUAAACAAACAUUGUCCACAAAAGCGAAUCUAAUCAAUACGAAAUGGUAUAAGCAUUUCUGUCUACCACCCUUCUCAAGCAUAUGCAACUCAUUUCCCGAUAACAAGACUUGUAACCAAAGGCCGAAGCACACAAUACCACACAAAAACAACUUUUACUCAGUCUAGUCUUAGUCUUGCUAACCAAACUAUCUGCCAAUGAAGAGAUCUUAACUCAUUGACUAUAGGUGAUGAAACUAUCAGAAUCUGGAACUCCAACACACCUAACCCAGUGCAAGUUAUUCCUGGAGGUAGCGGUGAAAUACUCACAUGUGAUUGGACAAAGUAUGAUCAGGUAAAGUUCGAUCGAAAGAAGCCAAAAGGCUAAUGGUUUCAGUUUUGGUUGUGCCUUGGGCUCGCUCUAGGCUUUGUGGUUGGUUUACUGUGACAAUAAACGACAAUCUGUAUAAAAUAUGUCUCUGAACACUUUUGUUUAAAGAAAGCAAUCAAAGAACGUGGUCACUACCCGUAUCAUUGGUUCUCAUGGCACACUAUACUACUAAUGCAGAUCUUUUCCUUACAGAACAUUCUUAUUUCUGGGUCAACGAAUAAUCAGAUCAGGUAUGUCGGAUUAAGUGUCGAGCUGAUUGUUCCAAAUUUCGUUAGCCUAAUUUAUACUGUGUUAAAUUUUGAAUGCUUAUUCAGAGUAUGGGAUCUUCGCAACACGCAACAACCGAUACAUAUUUUGAAUGGUCAUCAGUAUGCUGUUCGAAGACUCAAGGUGAGUUUACAUUGUGAUUGUGUCAAAAGCAUUUAAAUCUCAAUGGUUUCUUACUGAGCUUCACUAUCAUAAGUCAUCGGAAUAUGAUUUUAUAAUAUUAUAUGCAAGAUAAUUGAUUAUUUUAGAGUAAUUGGUAGUAAUUAGUUGUUUUUUUAUGUUGAAUUUAGUGUUCACCACAUAAUCAAAGUGUGUUGGCCUCAGUUUCCUAUGACAUGACUGUCAGGUAAGGGCUGACGCAACAACAGUCAACAACUAUAAAAUCAUUUGGAAAUACGAAAAACAGUAAUCUAAUGAUUCAAAUCAAUAUAUCAUUUGAUAGAACAUGGGAUUACGUGAAAAGCGACCGUCCACAAGAGACAAUACAACAUCACACAGAGUUUGUAGUUGGACUGGAUUUCAAUCUUCAUCAACCAUCAGAGGUAUGGUUAACAAGUGCUAUCCACACAUUAUUAGGCAUGGUGCAUUGCUAGCAUUGGUGGUACCGAGCUUUUAAACGAAUGCACACGCGCGCACAAAACGUUGACGGUUCAAUAAUCAUGUGCACCAACAAAAUGCUCAUAUUUUUAGAUUGCAGACUGCUCAUGGGACGAACGAAUCAACGCCUAUUCUCCUGUAUCCUUACGACAUUCCUAAUUCAUCUCUCAGCCUCCCAAAGUGUACAUAAAUGAAUGAAAUAAUGAACAAGUAAAAAUAAUACAAUUUUAAUCACUUUACAUCUACACAAUGUAAUAUAAUGUUGUUUUCAUUUGAUUGAUAUAACCUAUUGUAAUUGUCACCUAGUGAAAUAUUUUCUACAUUUUGUUAUAAAAUCCACUGAAGUAAAAAAGAUUUGGAAUGAUAGCUAAACAACUUGUCUUUGAAAAGUAAAUUAUUGGAAUCAAUUUGGGUGUAACAAUUGUAUAUUAUAGUCUCUAAACAGGAUAGUUUACCAAAUUAAACUUCAGAGGUUGCAAUUUCCACGUCUUUUUAAGUUAAUGAAUCUAGAACUAGUGUACCUAAUCAGUUUUCUUUCCUGCUUCCGUGGUUUGUUUAUAUCGACGAGAAGCUAACAUCAGUCCGAUACCAAUGACGGCACAGCCUGUUGAAAGCCAGCAAGGUCCAGUUACACUGACCUCUUGUGCAAAACCUGCAAUUGCAGGUGACAUCAUCCUUGCUACGGAUGUCAAAGAAUCUCCAACUCCCAUCACUGCACCUUUUUCCUCAGGCUCAAUACGCUUUAACAUCAAAUUAUGUGAAUUCACUCUCAUGAUAGCAGUGGAGAGCGACAGAGGAGCCAUGCAUAUGAGGACUGUAUAAAUACUUGAAGAUAUAGUGAUGCCAAAUAAUGACGAUGUCAUUAAAAGAGCUGCAAAUGUCAUCAUUUUUGCGUCACUUUUUACAUAACUAUAGAUAGUACCCAUUGACAUGCCAGAUAUUGCACCUGCGAUACUACCAUAUGAGAUGAUAUACCCUGUAGUCUUUGCAUCUAUUCCAUAGCGGUAAUCCAGCAUUGAAGUAAAAUUGCUACGAUAUAUCAACAUGCUCAAUGACAUGACAAAGCGAAUGAGUAAUAAGUCCAAGAUGCAUUGAACAGAGACAAUUUUUAGAAAGCUAAAGAAUUUUGAAAAAGUAGAACCACUGCUAUCUUGCUUCUUAUUGGCCAAGUCGUCGGGUUGCGUAUCCAGGUUUUUACGUCUGGUGACACUACCACCCGAUUGACUGCUUUUGUCCACAAUUUCGAUAUCUUCAGUGUUCUUGCUUAACUUGGCUUCCUCUGAUCUUUUCAUUUUCUUGUUUUCAAACACAAGCCAUAUAAAAGCCAAGCCAAACAAGUAGACAGAACAGGUCAUGAGGGAGACUUUAAAAUAUCCAUUCUCUUGCAUGGCCACAGUGCCUCCAAUUAUUGGUGCAAUAAUGAAGCCAAGACUACCAACAGCAUUAAACCUUCCAAACACCCCAGCUCUCUCUUCUGGCAAUGUGAUAUCAGAUAAGUAAGCUUUCACUGAGGUUUGACUAUGUUUUAAGAUGCCUAAAGGUGUUUGAAUAAAAGCUCAUUAAAG